AGAUUUAGAAACUUUGACUUUUGAGAAAGUAAAGUAAAUAAAAUCAGAUAAAAUAUAAACAGUGGAAUCUUGAGAUUUUUGUAUAUUUUUCAGUUAUUCCACUCUUUAUUAUCAUUAUAUUAUUGAAAAUCACAGAAAGAGAAGUAGAAAUGGCUCAAAUGGCUGAACCAUUAACCCUUUCUAAGGAUAUCAAGAGAUCGAUAGAACUUCUUGAAAAGCUUCAAAAAAGUGGUGAGGUACCUGCUACAAAAUUGAUUGCCUUGCAGAAAGUAUUACAAAGUGACUUCUUAAAUGCAGUUCGGGAGGUUUAUGAACAUGUUUAUGAAACAGUUGAUAUUCAAGGAUCACAAGAUGUUAGAGCUUCGGCAACAGCUAAAGCCACUGUAGCAGCAUUUGCAGCUAGUGAGGGUCAUGCACAUCCAAGAGUUGUAGAAUUGCCCAAAACUGAGGAAGGCCUUGGCUUUAAUGUUAUGGGAGGGAAGGAACAAAAUUCACCUAUUUAUAUAUCACGAAUUAUACCUGGAGGUGUGGCUGACCGACAUGGAGGCCUUAAAAGAGGAGAUCAGUUAUUAAGCGUCAAUGGUGUUUCUGUGGAAGGUGAAAAUCAUGAAAAAGCUGUUGAAUUACUGAAACAAGCUCAUGGUUCAGUUAAACUUGUUGUUCGCUAUACUCCAAAAGUUCUGGAAGAAAUGGAAUUAAGAUUUGAUAAGCAAAGGGCCAGAAGGAGACAACAAUAUAACUAAAAUAUCUAUCAGAAUAAAACCAAAACAUCUUAGAUACAGAUGCAGUAUUUCAAAUAUUUACUUCAAUUUUUGUUAGUUAAUAGAACACAAAAGUUCCAAUAAUGUAUCUUAUUUAUUAUGUAGCAUUUAAAUUAUUGUGUAGCUUCAUUUUAACAAUAGUAGGAAUAGUAUAUUGUAACUAGGUGCAAUAAUUAUCUCGUUAGUUUUACAUUCAUUGUCAUAGUAGGUUUAUGUUUAAAUGUUUAACUUACAUAUAUCCAUCUGGUAAUAUUUAUCAUUAGUUAAUAAAAUUCCAAUUAUAA